GGGUCACCCAUCGCAGUCCUGCCCUCCAUCUCCCUGACACCACCUGCUCACUGAAGCUUUGUCAUGUUGCUGCCACUGCUGGGCGCCUGUGCUGUGGUGGGACCAUUCCAGGGCCCUGAGUGGGAGCCAGUGCGGGGCCUACUUUCUGAGGAUCGCAGCUGCAGGGACCCUCGGUGCUGUGGCAACCUGCUUGUGCUCUGCCUCUUUCUGAUCUGGCAGGUCCAGAGCUGUUGGCACCGGGUCACCAGGACCCACCCCAGCACGAGGAAGCUCACCAAGAUGCCACCGCAGAAGUGGGCGGUGCCCUCCACGAGACAUGACACUUGUUUGAGGCUGACCCCUGAAUUCUUCUUCAGUCCUGGAGAUUUCCGUGGCCUGGAUGCUCACGUCCAACAACGGGCACAAAAGAAGAUGUAUGAACACCGGAGGAGCCUCCAGGAAUCAUGGACCCGAUACAUGGUCUCUUGGCAGCACCCGUGUCAGGACCCACCUUGGGAUUUCCACACUCCUUCUGAUCCCAUCUUUUGCACCACCUCUUUCUCAAGCACCUGUAUGCUCCCUCAGGACGGUGCUCGGGAAGCACGGCCGGUACCCUGGUGUCUCAGUGAAGAGCAGUCUCACCUGAUUUGCAGGCCACCAUCCCCUUCCCUGGACAUGUACCAAAGGAUGGGGCAGCUGUUUGUCCACUCCCAGGGAGAACUGGUGCCACUGGAGCUUGUUGUUAGCAUGAGGUCCCACCUCACACCCAUGACGCUAGCCACCUCUCUCUCAAACCUCCUUUCAUCUCAGAGGGUGCAUUUCUGCUCCGGAGAGUUCCUGCUGGGUCCUUCCAACCACGUGGGAGUGUCCCCCUGGAAGUCCUGGGUCUGCCCACAAGAGGCCUGGGCACUAGGGACAGAAAACCAGGUGCUAGGCAGAGAGGAUAGUAGAGAGACCCAGGCUGUAGGGUGGGGGAACUGGACAGAGAGCAGUAGGGAGGAUGCUCGGGAGAUCCAGGCAACUGGAAGGCAGCUCUCAGUGAACUCUGAGAUGGAGGAUGAUGCAGGGACCAAGGUCCUGGAGUGGAGAAGCCAGAGACUAGUCAUAGGUAAGACUGAUGGAGAUAUCCUGACACCAGGGCCAAAGAGCCAGGACCAGAUGGGAAUUGAGAAUAGAGCUAAAAUUCAGGAACUAGAGAAUAGAAACAAGAGGGAGGCUGAGGGUGAGAAUCCUCCUGAAACCCAAGCACAUACGGCAGAGAACCAGGAACAUUUAAGAUGUAAAGCUGAUGCAGAGACUCAAACACCAAAGUGGGGGAACCAGGAUAAGAGUAGAAAUGAGGAUGCUGUAGAGACCCAGGCAUUUGAGAAGAACAAGAAAGAGGCCAGAGGAGAGGAUGAAGGAAGGACCCACACCCAAGGAUUGGGGAAGCAGGGCCAGACUAGAAGUGAGAAUGGUAAGGAGGCCCAGGUGUCAGGGUGGGGAAAGCAAGACAAGAUUAGAGAUGAUACUGGUAUAGAAAUUCAGGCACAAGAGAGGAGAAACAAGGCCCAGAUUGGAGGUGAGAUUGCUGUGCGAACCCAGCGCCCGUCCCUCGACGGAGAUCGCGCCUUGGCGUCGCCCUGGGCUUGCGCAGCUGCGUUAGCCCCCACUUCGCCCUCUGGCGUCCGGGGCGGGGUCUCUUUCAAGUGCGCUUGCGCACAAGCUGCGCGGGACCCCGUGCUGCUGCGGUGA